AAAGGCAGAUAGCGGACCAUGGGGAGCAGGGGAAAACUUUUUAUACUGACAUGUUAGCGCAAUGACUUUUGAGUAACAUCUAACUGGGACGAGGCUCCCGGCGUGAGGAGGACAGGGCCCUUUUUACGGGAAGAAAAAAGGAGCACUUGCCAUCUGCCGGGGAACGAAAAGCAAGACGGCUAAAAGAGAGUUGAGACCAGUCCAAGAAUCAGCGGUGGAAAAUCCAGUUUAGCCAUUUGAAUUGAAAGAUGAGCUUGUUGUCUGCCAUAGACACGAGUGCCUCCGUGUACCAGCCUGCGCAACUUCUCAACUGGGUCUAUCUUUCCUUACAAGACCCCCACCAGACCAGCGCUUUUGACGCAUUCAGACCCGAACCAAACUCUUCCCACCCGGAUCUCAGUUUCAGCAAGACUCCCGCAGCGGCGGACUUGAGCUCUUCCCUGAACUCCAACUAUCUCAACAACUUCUUUCAGCUGCAGCGGAAUGAGGCCCUAAACAACAACGUGUAUAAGAAUGUGUCGCCUUAUGGCUCCCUGAACAACAUCGUGGAUGGACUCAACUCCCUGACGGACCAUUUCUCAGACCUAUCCCUUUCUUCAGAGCCAAGAAAACCAAACAAAAGACCCCCACCCAACUACUUAUGCCACCUGUGCUUCAACAAGGGCCAUUACAUCAAAGACUGCCCUCAGGCUAGACCCAAGGGUGAAGGACUGACACCCUAUCAGGGGAAGAAGAGAUGCUUCGGAGAGUACAAGUGCCCCAAGUGUAAGAGGAAGUGGAUGAGUGGAAACUCCUGGGCCAACAUGGGACAAGAAUGUAUCAAAUGCCACAUCAACGUCUAUCCACACAAACAGCGCCCUUUAGAGAAGCCGGACGGCCUGGAUGUUUCUGACCAGAGCAAGGAGCACCCACAACACCUGUGCGAGAAAUGUAAAGUCUUGGGCUACUACUGCCGCCGUGUGCAAUAAUCAUCUUAAUUCAGAGUCACAGAGCAACUUUUGUGUCCCACGUCCUAUUGCUCAUCCUCCAUCAAGGCUGUUAACUUUCCCCCUUCACAUCCAGGUUUCCCUCAUCCCUGUUCUGCACACAUGGCGUCCUUUCCUCCUCACGUCUUCUCCCUCUUCUCUCAGAAGCCUUAACAAUAGACAGUAGCUUGAGUCCUUUCUGUCCCUCUUUUAAGCCACCCGUGGAACACAGAUUAUUCUUUCUUUUUUCCAAUGACAGUACUGAAGAUUACAUCCAGGAAUGAGAUGUUAACUUAGGAUCAAUCUCUCAAAAGUGCUCUUCAAAAAAACAAGAACUUUGCCAAAAUCCGUGACUUUUUUGUGCCUCAGAAGCCACAUAACCCCAUUGAUCCAACUCGAUGAUUAACAGCUAGUAAUGUAUGAAUUAGCAUCAUUGGUGUCACUGACAGUAUUGGUCUCAAUAGAUUACCUCACCUUGGGGUUUGUUGGCUUUGUGUUUACAGAGAUCUGCCUUCCAUUUCCCUGCCAAGUGAAGUGUGUGGUAAUGUGACGAAAGUUUAACCCGGGCCUCUCACGAUGGUAUAAUGUAUACGAGGCCUUUGAUGUCUUGCCGUAUUAGGGUCAACAGCACAUCUUAUUAACUGUGAAUUAACUGAGGGACAAUGUGCCAUACAUCCCUAGCUUACAUUUGGCCUAUUUAUUUUCUUGUUGUCUAGUGUGCAAUUUGAAUUUUAACUGGGACAUAAAGAAAUGUUUUUUUGUAUGUUUGUAUAAUCACAUUAUUGUGUAACUGCUUCCACGUGUCUUUAGAAACUACUGUAGGUUCAGUCGCUCCUCGUUUAGAUUUAGCGCGUUGCUAACAGAUAAGGUUUCAUUCACCCUUCCUCAUGUAUUUUUGCUGUCACAAAUUCUCAAUUAUCUAUAGUGUUAGACAGAUGUUUGAUAGGUAAGUUGUGUUCAUUUUAAAUUGCAAGAAGGUCAACUGAGAAGGAGCUGCGAGGAAAUAACACUAGUUUUACGAUCAAGUUUUUUGCCGUCCACACAGUUUCUUGUCAGAGUUGAAUAUUCAAUUUUUCAAAGCAAUUAUGAAACAUGAUUUUAAAGGUUAAACUGUUCACAUGUAAAGUCUGGUUAGAUUUUAUCCAAAAAUUUGUAAAUUACAAAGGAAAUGUUGAUUUGAAUGAGAGUCAGAAAGACAUUGAGUUUACUUUGAAAUGCCAGUUGAUGUCUGGCAGCUAGAGCUGCAACGAUUAAUUGACUACUUGUCAACUGUUAAACCGAUGACAACCUUACACCAAACAACUUUUCAAGCAUUUUCACUGCUGCAGGCAAAUUUCCAAUGUCGGAAUAAAACCAUGAGAGUUUUACCUCAGUCGAGGUGUGCUCCCAUGAUCUUGACCGUUUGGUGUAAGGUGGUCGUUAAACUCAGCCCAAGGUGUCUUCAAAGUUUUUCUUCUCAUGACGUUUCAAGUUUUUAGUCUUGGCUUGUGAAAUACCAAAUUUCAAUGACAAGAACAUUGUCAACAACCAAUAGCUGCGCUCUCUCCAGCACCAAACAGGAAGCAGCUACCUAGGUAGACAGUAAAAAUGUGAGGGACUCCUGGAAGGUGCAAGAACAUAUGCUGCAAGAUUUCCAGUCUUUGCAAAAUGUUACAUUGUGUGACUAAAAACUCAAAUUGUCUUUGGAUGUGAGAGGGUGUCAGAUGUAAGUCUUUUAAAAGUAUUUUGUGGAAUAUUUUCAGAGUCUUAUAGUGUAUGAUAGGCAUAAUUGAUAAUCGAUAAUUGAUGAGUAAUUUUCUUUGUAAUUCUUAAAUUUUAUUAUUUUUUGGUUUCUUUACUCCUCUAUGACAGUUAACUGAAUAUCU